GGGAAUAGCUAAUUCAGUGUGUGGUCUGUGUAUACCGCCAAGUUUAUAUUCCAUCUUGGGCACCGUCCUCCAUGAUCUGCAUUAUUUGAAUGGAGACCUGUCAGACCAACAACUCCGCAGACGGUGAAACUCUCGUGGUAGUAGGAGACCUGAUACUAAAUCAGUAUGUCUAUGGUACUGUUCGUCGAAACGCCCCAGAGGCCGACAUACCGGUCGUGGAGCAGGAAAAAACAGAAUACUAUCCCGGCGGAGCGGCAAAUGUCGCGAUGAACCUUGUGGCGUUGGGUACGGCAGUUAUCCUGGUCGGAACUGUUGGAGACGACGCAGAGGGAGAGCACCUGCUAAUCCUUCUGACCAGCGCCAAGGUCGAUGUCUCGGGGGUCCAGAUCCUUGCCGACAGGCCAACCUGCCACAAGACCCGCAUCAUCGGGAACGGGAGACACCUCGUCCGCCUGGACCGGGAAGUUGUAACUCCCAUCGGGGAAGAACAACAACGAGCCGCUGUGGAUUCUGUGCGUCAGUGUUUGCUCCAUGCGCGGGGCAUGAUCUGCUCGGACUAUAGCAAAGGGUUCCUGUGCGAGUCCUUUCUGCGAUCCGUGAUCCACGUGGCUGUGUCCCCGGACAGAAAGGUCAUUGUGGACCCUAAGGUUGGCGAUUGCAGCCGGUAUGCGGGGGUGACAGUCAUGAUGCCCAACCUGGACGAGCUGCGGAAGCUAUCCGGGCUUGCUAUCGUUUCCUCCGCCGAUACUGAUGCUGCUGCGCGGGCAGUUCUGGCCGAAGUCCACCCGGAAGCGUUGCUGGUCACUUGUGGCGCUGAUGGGAUGGUCCUCUAUGAGUCGGACGGGAAGUCGUCAACAAUCCCAGGCAAAGCUUCUACAGCACGCGAAGUCAGUGGCGCAGGAGACAGUGCCGUCGCUGCGUUCGCCUGGGCCUAUCUCGUGCGCAGGCAACCCUGAAAGAAGCUGCCCAAGUGGCAAAUAAUGCAGGUAGCAUCGCAGUCACGAAACCGGGGACUGCUACCGUCGUAAAGAGCGAGCUGCUAGAGGUACCCUGCAGUGGAGGGGCGUG